AUGUUCUCUGCGCGACGAGCAGAGCUUAGCCAUGUAGCCUCUGGACCUCGGUACACAGAUUUUGUCACUCAGUUUCCCUCCCCAUUCACCGCUGCGGCGUCUUUCGACAGAGAUUUAAUCGAGGAGAGAGCUAUCAGGAUCGGGGGAGAGUUCGUAGGGAAGGGUAUCAACGUCGAAUUGGGUCCGAUCACUGGAGGUCCUCUCGGAAGAUCACCGUUUGCCGGGCGGAAUUGGGAAGGAUUCUCACCCGAUCCUUACUUAUCCUCCACCAUGUCAUUCUUAACCGUCCGUGGAAUGCAAUCAUCCGGUCUGAUCACUUGUGCGAAGCAUUACUUCCUAUACGAACAAGAACCCGUUUGCACUGGUCCCGUGGUGGACGGAGGACGUACAGACUGUCAUGACGUGUCCAGCGAGGUUGAUGAUAAGACGGUACAUGAAUUAUAUCUUCCAAGCUUUGCAGAGGCUGUCCGAGCAGGUACGGGAAGUCUGACAGACCGCUCGUAUAAUCGUAUCAAUGGAACGGCUUCGUGUCAGAGUGACGACUCGAUGAACAGACUUUUGAAAGAUGAGCUGAAUUUUCAGGGAUUUGAUUUUGGCGCCGCGCACUCUACAGUCCCUUCCGCUCUUGCUGGCAUGGAUAUGGAAUUGCCUGGCGAGUAUUUCUAUGGUCGGCGACUUUACGACGCCGUCCUUCUGGGAGAAGUCCCAAUGUCUAGGCUGGAUGAUAUGGCGCAACGAAUCCUGACUCCCUACUUUGCUCAAGGCCAAUACAGAGAAUAUCCUGCCGUCAACUAUCAAAAAUACAAUCUUCGCGAUUCUGUCGAGGUCCACGGUAUGACAUUUCGCAAUCUUCACAUCAACAACAAGGGUGACAAUCAUCUGCUUGCCCGCAAGAUCGCAGCCGAGUCCACAGUCAUGUUGAAGAAUUCCGGUGUUUUACCUCUUAACGGAGUGAAGAGAAUUGGUAUCUUCGGGACUGAUGCGGAUUACCCUGCUACCAUGAGCGGAUGUGGUCCUGAUUUAUUCUGCGGUGUUGCUUCAGAUCGAUGGUAUUGGAAUGGUACGGUCACCAUCGGUGGUGGAUCCGGAGCGGCUUAUGCAGAUUAUAUCGCGGCUCCACUCGAAGCGAUUUCUCUCCGUGCUCGUCGUGAAGGUGCUCGUGUAGAUUAUGUGUUACAGGACGACCCAGCUCACUUCGGUGCAAUGUCAUGGAUCGCUUCUCAAUCGGAAGUCUGCCUGGUGUUCGUCUCCCUCUUCUUGGUCGAAAGCUGGGACCGAGAAAAUCUGAGGCUCGAUAAAGGAGGGGAAGAGUUGAUUAAACACGUUGAAGGUUCUUGUGCGGGAGAAGUGGUGGUUGUGCUUCACAUAGGAGGUCAAGUGGUCAUGGAAGACUGGCUGCCAUUCACGAUAGGUCGAAUGGCUUCUGAUUGGCCGACUGGCAAUAUAGUCCGUGACAUGUCACAAUCUACCAAGGAUAUCCCUCACUCGCCCCCCAAUGGGAAGAGAGAGACGUACCCUCGUUCUGUGUUCUCAGAAGGAACCGCUAUCGAUUAUAAGUGGUUCGACAAAUGGUCAAUCGAACCCAGGUUUGAGUUUGGCUUUGGUAUGAGCUAUACAUCAUUCGAGCUUUCCUAUCUGUCUUUGUCGGAGGAAUAUCGACCACAAAGUGACACUAUACAAAAUACCAACGAGCGAUACGAAGGCUCUGCAGAUCUGUAUGAUAUUCUGUAUGUAGCUCGGGUCAAGGUGACCAAUAUCGGGAAAGUUGCAGGUGCGGCCGUUCCACAGUUGUAUAUGUCAUUUCCUUCUUCCGAACCUGAUCAACCGCCAAACCAUCUGAGGGGAUUUGCGAAACCUUCCCUUAUCCCUGGUCAAGCGACCGUGGUGGAAUUCCCCUUAAGAAAGAAAGAUCUCUCCGUUUGGGAUGUGGAAAGACAAUUAUGGCGUAUCCCACAUGGUGUCUUCACAUUCCGAGUGGGACAAAGUAGUCGGGAUCUGCCGCUGGUGUUGGAAUCUCGGAUAAAAUCACGGUAG